AUGAAUACGAUGUAUUCUAUGACAGGAAUUGAUGCUGCUAUUCACAUUAGUGAAGAGCUCCCUCAACCAGAGAAGCGUGUCCCUCAGGCCAUGACCAUGAGUGUUAUUCUGAGUCUCGCUACCUGUCUUCCAUUGUCGGUUGCACUGAUGUUUUGCAUGUCCGAUAUGGAAGCGGUUAUCAAUUCGGAACUGCCAAGCUUGGAAGUGAUGUAUCAGGCCACAAAGAGCAAAGGCGUUACUACCUUCCUCUCAGUGUGGCUCUUAGUUGUCUAUGCUGCCUCAAUCCCGUCUCAAUGGGUGACGUGCGGUAGAGUAGCAUGGGCUUUAGCUCGCGAUAUUAACUCCCCGUCAGCAAGAUACUUUGCUAAAGUCGACGACAAGCUAAAGUUUCCUGUCCGCACCACAGUUGCUAGCUUCGGCUUUGUUGCUAUCUAUAGUCUGUUAUACUUGGUUUCCUCGGGCGCUUUCAACACGAUCACCAAUAGUGCGAUACUCUUCCUCCACAUAACUUACGUGGUGCCUCAGGGCAUACUUCUGAUGAAAGGCAGAGCGGGCGCACUACCACUUCGAUACUUGAAGCUUGGCUGCCUCGGCUAUCUCUGCAAUGCCUUUGUCAUUUUGUGGAUUGUUAUACUUGGAGUGUUUGUCUGCCUGCCUCUUGGGUUACCGGUAGAAGCCGAGUCGAUGAAUUAUACGGCUCCCGUGCUAAUUGGUCUAUUUGGCCUUGUGAUCCUGUUGUGGUAUGGACUAGGAAGGGUAGCAUUCCAGGGACCCCAGAUUGACAGGGACAUGAUGCAGGAGGUAAAUUCUGGUCUCAAGUGA